CAUAUCAACGGGCACACAAUGUUCCAACGCUCUAGUCGACCAGUACAAUAGCGAGCCACCUGUUGUCGUCAAAACUGAUAAAAAAUAAUGUGAUGAACAUUUUGAAAGUGUGAAAAUGGGUGUUAAAGUUCUAGCUUUAAUAGCACUCUUAGUUAUUAGUGUUAAUGGACAAGAAACAGUUGACAACGUCACAAGUAAUGUUGUUGAGGACAAUGUAGUAAGUGAUACUACGACAGUGGUGGUACCAGUAACUGAAGUAAAAGAAGAUGAGAUCGAUAAUGAAAGUCCAGUGGAAAUUAUAAGUGACAAGGCUGAGCUGCACGUUAGGAGUGGGAAGUACCAGACCCUCACUGAUGGGCUAGCGGGAGAGGAGCCGCUGGCUUUAGAUGCGGUUGAUUUAAACGUCAACGAUAAUUUGCUCAGUGAAAGGCAGUUAUUGUCACCAAGCACCACUCAAGUUACAAAUAAUGAGUAUGCUCACAUCGACGGCCGCGUGCUACCCGACACAAGCUAUCAGAACAAUGGUCAGCCCUACGUCAUCACGGCUGCCAGGCUGGCGCAGAUCAGAGGCAACUUCAUGUACUGGUUCUACGAUCAAGGAGGCAAUGAAAACAUUGGAGACUAUCAGAGAGAUAUCCACACUUCUACUCCUCAAAUCCAUAAGAACUUCAACUUCCAGUUGCCGUUCUUUGGAUUUAGGUUCAAUUAUACCAGGUUAUCGAUGAACGGCUACAUCUACUUCAGCGACCCUCCAGACCACUACACCUACCCCCUCUCCUUCCCCGUGAGAGACUGGCCUGAUGUCAACGACCCUUCCUUCAUCGGUAUAUUCUUCAGCAAGUGCCGUAUCGGUAGCCAGCGUCCCGAGGACCCUGAUCAAAGAAGGCCUGGAAUUUACUUUAGAAUGGACAGGGAUUUACAGACGCGUACCGACCAACUUGGUGUGGAGAUGAGAGAGCGACUGACGUGGGACAUUCGUCAGGGUGUCAUCGGUUCCGAAACCUUCUUCCCCAAACACGCCAUCACAAUUACUUGGAAGAACAUGUCUUUCGCUGGAGGCAUUGACAACUCAUUGUUUGUGACAAACACAUUCCAAAUGGUACUAGCUACUGACGAAGUGUUCACAUACGCGAUCUUCAACUAUUUGGAGAUCAACUGGAGUUCACACACAGAAGCCGGUGGUGAUACCACGACCGGAGAAGGUGGUGUACCUGCUUAUAUUGGUUUCAACGCUGGUAACGGAACACAAAGCUACGAAUACAAGCCUUAUUCACAAGCGUCUGUACUUAGAGAUUUGACGGGCAGAGGAUGGGCGAACGGUUUUCCAGGUCGACAUAUAUUUAGGAUAGACGAAAAAAUACUUAUGGGGACUUGUAACAAGGAUAUCGAUGGCGCAAAUCUUCCCCUCAUGUUCGCCCCUGAGAGCGGUAACAUGUUGGGAGGUACAAUCGUCAACAUCACGGGUCCUUGCUUCAACCCUAACGAUAGAAUCACCUGUCGUUUUGAUACAGAGUCCGUCAUUGGUGCUGUAGUGGACGUCAAUAGGGCUAUUUGUGUCCAACCCAGGUUCUGGCACAAUGGAUAUGCUAGAUUCGAAAUUGCUAUUAAUAAUGAGCCCUACAAGUGGAAAGGAAAGUACUUUGUCGAAACACCCGCAACGGCCACAGAGAAGAUUUUCUUCACUGACAACUCAGUCCAUGAGAGAUAUCCACCUGAAAUCAGAAUAACCUGGGACCGCUUCAACUUGACCACGAAUCUAAACGUCCAACUGCAAAUCAGUUUGUGGGGCUACAAGGAGGUCACUAUCAGACCUCAACUCGAAUACAUAGAUAUGAUCGAAAUGGGCGUGGCCAACACUGGAGAAUACGUCAUCAAUCCUCAAAACUUUAGGAACAGGGAUAAUUUCUUACACAACGACAUGCAGUUUGGUUUCUUGCAAAUCAACUUGACUACACCAGAAGUGUUUAAAAAUGUUGAGAUAUCACCUGUCCUAUGGAGUCGUCCAAUCCCCUUGGGUUGGUACUUCGCCCCACAAUGGGAAAGGUUACACGGCCAACGUUGGCCCAACGCCCUUUGCAACAACUGGUUACGAACGGAUCGUUUCUUGAAGAACUUUGCGUCUCAAGUAUGGGUUUGCCCUUGUACGCUCGAACAUGCGUUACUGGAUAAGGGAAGGUUUAUGCCAGAUUUGGCUUGCGAUAAAGACACCAAUCCUACCUGUAGAUACCAUUGGGGCAGUGUCCAUUGUGUCAGGAGUGGAGCACCUAGCGCGGAAGGAUCAGGUCAACAGUGCUGCUACGACAAGAACGGCUUCCUCAUGUUGUCGUACGAUCAGAUGUGGGGAUCCAGGCCUUCGAGGUCACACGACUUCGGGUUCACUCCUUAUAACGAGGCCAACAAGGUCCCAUCGCUGUCCCAUUGGUUCCACGACAUGAUUCCAUUCUACCAGUGCUGCAUGUGGCAAGAAGAACAAGCUGUUGGAUGUGAGACAUUCAGGUUUGAACGUCGUCCUUCUCAAGACUGUGUAGCUUACCAAUCGCCUGGUGUUGCUGGAAUAUUCGGAGAUCCACACAUCGUCACUUUCGACGACUUGCAGUAUACCUUCAACGGAAAAGGUGAAUACGUAUUAGUAAGAGUGGAUCACCCGCAACUGAAACUGGACGUCCAGGGCAGAUUCGAGCAAGUUCCGCGGAACAUCUACGGACGAGUCAACGCUACACAUCUGACUUCUGUUGUCGCUGCGUCCAACAACUCCGUACCUAUUGAGGUUCGUCUGCGUCCUCAACACGCGCAAUGGCGUUACAGACUGGAUGUUUUCGCUGACAACAAGAGAGUGUACUUCGACAGGCCUGCCCUUAGGGUGCAAUACUUCCCAGGUGUGACAGUAUACCAGCCUAUGUACUUACUGAACCAGUCGGAGAUUGUCAUCAUGUUCUCAUCAGGCGCUGGUAUUGAAGUAGUAGAGAAUAAGGGCUUUAUGUCAGCUAGAGUUUAUCUUCCUUGGAAUUAUAUGAAUCAAACGCGAGGUCUAUUCGGCAACUGGUCUCUGGACGUUAACGACGACUUCACCCGACCGGAUGGCACGCGAGCCACUGUCGACCUCAACAACUUCCAAACCGCACACAGGGACUUCGCUCAACACUGGCAACUAACCGACCGCGAACAACGAGACAUAGGAGUAGCAAUGUUCUACCGCGAAUACGGCAGAACGGCAGCCUACUACAACGACAAUCAAUUCGUACCGAACUUCAUCAGGGAACCAGCUGACUUCCUACCGGCCAACAGGUCUCAAGACGUGGCGAGAGCUAUAGAACUGUGUCAGGAUUCCUAUCAGUGUCGAUAUGAUUAUGGCAUGACCCUGAAUAGGGAUAUGGCUGAGUUCACUAAGAAUUAUUUGUCGUCUAUUACGAAUAUAAAAGAGCAGAACGCUCGUCGAGUGAUCAGCUGCGGUAUAUUGGAGACACCACGAUUUGGUCGAAAGAGUAACUUCUUCUUCACGCCAGGAACUAGAGUGAACUUCGAGUGUAACCAAGACUUCAUUCUGAUUGGAGACAAGCGUCGAGUGUGUGAGGACAACGGUCGGUGGAACUUACCGGAUUAUGGAUACACUGAGUGCUUACGUAACCAAGAAUACUCGCAACGUUCUCUGUUUCUGACCUGGGCGAUCAUACUGGCAGUUAUUCUACCGUUAGGCCUGUUGAUUUGUCUGCUGUGGUUCUGGUGCUGGUACAAACCCAGGACCGAAGGCAAAGAAGGAUUCCGUUUCGAAGACAUUCCGCGAUCAAAAUCAGCCUCUAGACUUAAUCUAAGAUCAGCAUCAAUGGGAAAUCUCACGGAUACGAUGAAAUCGUCCACGUUACGUAGCUCCGACUCAAAGCCUAAGUUACCAGAAACUCCUACUGAGGAAGCCCCAAUGACUAGGUCUGCACCUCUAGUUAGGCCAGCUCCACCCGUCCCACAAGACGGCGAUAGUUCAGGUAUAGGUUACCCUGAUUCUAAUAAGAGUGACAAAUCUGACAAAUCAAAUCCUAAAAAACGUAGGGCCUAUGACAAAACUUACCGAACCAAUGAACCUAUCCCGAACGCUCCCAAUGAAGAAUUCCCAGAAAAACUGUGGGAUCUUUCCGAAGAGGACUUGCUUUCUAUAACCUCUCCGUCAGACACUGAAUCUAAUAGAGAUUCAACUUUGACGCGACCUGCUAAAGACAUCGAAUAUCAAAGCAGACCUCGUCAGACGGGUCGUAGAGCUUUGCCAAGUGACUCAGGUUAUUCCACAAAAGAUUCCGAGGACCCAUACUCUCCGAAGUAUGAAGGUCAAUACAGUCCUAUUCCUUCCCAGUACUCUCCAACGUACUCCGAAAUAUAUUCUCCACCGAUCAGCCCUACUUCGGACAAUAGUCCACGAAACACGUUCAAUAACCCUGGUUUGCCUGACCCUCCGAAGAGUGCUCCUGCAGAUUCUAUUCAGACGUUUACAAUGCCUCCUCAAAAAGGCAAACAGGAGUACUCAUCAAGAACCCUGGGCGCGACAUGGGGCAUCAUCAGCGCAGUCAUGGUGCCCAUCGCCGUGGUACUCAUCUGCAUCGCCUGGAGGAUACUCCUGCGAAGAAAGGCUGAGGAGAAGGAGGAGAAUGACUACUUGAAUGUCAAACCUAUAGACCCUGAGGAAUCCUUCCGUAUCAACUCUGAUGAUGAGAGCAUACCCUACAAGAAGGAUGUCACCGAAGAUGUGACGCCGGAACCUACGGAACCAGUGAAAGUGGUUGACAGUGCGGAGCCCGCGCCUUUUAGUUACGGAACCCCAUACGACCCGAACAGACAAGCGCGGCCGUAUGGUGGGGAAACCGAAAUUAAUUAAGUUAAUAUAAAUAUAAGAGAAUUUAAUAUUAAACAAGCAUAGCGUUGGUACCAAAUAUUUGUAGUUUUGGAAGAAAUAAAAAGUGGGUUUUGGAAAAAUACCGCGCAAUUGUCGGCCAUCUUCAAAAUGUUGCCAUCAAUUGAAGAUUGGUUUUAGUUUAGACAUAGGUUUUGAUUAGAUAGUAUUUUAGCUGCGUUUAUUUGUAAGUUUUAUACAAAUUAUUUAUGUUAUUACUUGCCUAUAUUAAUGUACAAAUAUAAUGUCUUGCUUUUAAAGAUUUUUCAGACUUAUUCCAAUUAAAACUACAUUAGGCAAAGGUAUUAUUAUAAAGUAUUACUAUACUGCGAACAUUUCCAUUCUUUUAAUACUAUGAUUUUGUAUUUUAUUUUAUUUUCGGUAUCAAUGAACAAUCCCACCAUUGUAAUAAUUUUAGAUUUACUUUUAUGUAGUUAAUUACGCUAAAGCUGUGUUUUUAUUUGAAACAUGACAACAAUUUAAUACAAAAUAAAACAAUUACGGUCUUUCUUUACACCUUUUAUUGUCUUUUUAUGUGCCAUUUGACAUUUUUAACUUUUUUAAGUAUCACUUUUUGUUUCAUGGUGAACUUUUCUAGUUGUUUAUUUUUUGUGUAAUUAAAUUCAUUAAAAUAAGUCUUCAUUUAAUAAAUCCUAUUCACUAAGAA